UUCUAACAUGUUUCCUGUUUCCACUCUCUCUGUUCUCUCUCCCUCCAAAUCAAACACUUUUUCCUUUUCGACCAAACUUAUUUCCUCACUUUACCUCUUAUCUUAUUAGACCCAGUUGGUCUCUCUAAACCAGAGUCUCUCUCUCUCUCUCUCUCUCUCUCAGAGUCUAUGCUCUGCUGCGAUGGCGGUAGCAGAGAUAUCAUCACCUUCAUAUACCACAAAAUCAGGACUUCUUCAGUCCUCGCAGCUUUCAUCCUUAUCGACCCAUCUUCAUAAUCACCGCUGUUGCAGUUUCCGACCUCUUCCGAGGACACAAUAUGCCAAAAUUUCUUGCUCUGUCGCUCCAAAUCAAGUUCAAACUCCGCUCCCAGUUCAAGCGGAAGAUCCCAAGGGCAAGCCUGAAUGCUAUGGAGUGUUCUGCCUCACCUAUGAUCUCAAAGCUGAAGAAGAGACAAAAUCAUGGAAGAAGUUAAUUAAUGUUGCAGUUUCAGGCGCUGCCGGAAUGAUAGCUAAUCAUUUACUUUUUAAACUCGCAUCUGGUGAGGUUUUUGGUCCAGACCAACCUAUUGCUUUGAAACUACUGGGAUCUCAGAGGUCUCUUCAAGCUCUUGAAGGAGUUGCAAUGGAGUUGGAGGAUUCCUUGUUUCCUCUAUUGAGAGAGGUGAGUAUAGGCAUUGAUUCAUAUGAGGUGUUCCAAGAUGCAGAAUGGGCUCUUUUAAUAGGAGCAAAGCCUCGAGGGCCUGGAAUGGAAAGAGCAGGCUUGUUGGAUAUCAAUGGGCAGAUCUUUGCUGAACAGGGGAAAGCUCUAAAUGCAGUUGCAUCUCGUAAUGUUAAAGUAAUAGUGGUUGGAAAUCCUUGCAAUACCAAUGCACUAAUUUGUUUGAAAAAUGCUCCAAAUAUACCUGCAAAGAAUUUUCAUGCUUUGACACGGUUAGAUGAAAAUAGAGCAAAAUGUCAGCUCGCUCUGAAAGCAGGUGUCUUCUAUGAUAAAGUAUCAAACGUGACCAUCUGGGGAAACCACUCAACCACUCAGGUUCCAGACUUCUUAAAUGCUAGAAUAAAUGGAUUGCCAGUUGUAGAGGUCAUCAAGGACCGCAAGUGGUUAGAGGAGGAGUUUACUGAAAAGGUCCAGAAGAGAGGUGGUGUGCUCAUUGAAAAAUGGGGAAGAUCUUCUGCCGCAUCUACUGCUGUGUCUAUUGUUGAUGCCAUAAAAUCUUUGGUUACUCCAACCCCCGAGGGCGACUGGUUUUCUUCUGGAGUUUACACAACUGGAAAUCCUUAUGGUAUAGCGGAGGAUAUCGUUUUCAGUAUGCCAUGCAGAUCAAAAGGAGAUGGUGAUUAUGAACUGGUAAAGGAUAUAAAAUUUGACGACUACCUUUGGAAACGAAUAGCUAAGAGCGAAGCUGAGUUGCUAGCUGAAAAGAAAUGUGUGGCUCACCUUACUGGGGAGGGAAUCGCUGUCUGCGAUCUGCCGGGGGACACAAUGCUUCCAGGAGAGAUGUAAUCAUGAUGAACAAAGAACUCUGUUCAUGCAUUUAUGAAAAUGAAGAAACAGACAAGAGCGCUUGUAUGAAGUCACAACUCACACCAUUACUUUAUGUAAGCUCAUGAUGUUGAUAAGCGUAAAAAUAAUAAUAAUAAUAAAAAAAAAAGAACAA